ACUACCAAAAUGAAUAAAGCAAGCUUCCCAGGACGCAGGUACCCGACCUCGGGCACCAAAGCUUCACCUAAAACUCAAUGUCAAAAAUGCCUUGAAUACGGUCAUUGGACCUAUGAAUGCAAGAAUGAACGAGUGUACAAACCUCGUCCGACCAGAACUCAACAACUUACAAAACCGCUAAAACCAAUAUCUGUUGAACUUCCGGACGAAUUGGGAAUAAAAAAGGAUGUACCGGAAAAAUUGGAGAAAUCCGAAGACGUAAAAGAAAGUAAAAGAAAAAAACGAAAAACAGAGUAA